AUGUUAUCGGAAUUGGAAGAUUGGAAGUUUCCGGAGAAAAGCAAGUGGAUGAUUGAUCUAUUGGCAAACGCUCAGAAGAACAGAGAUAUUGUGGAACGUAUGGCCGCUGACCAUUCGCCUCCUCUCAAUUACUACGCUGCCUAUACGCCAAUCCGCAAAUUCCUUGAAGAAAACGAUGUUCUCGUUGUUAAUGAGGGAGCGAACACCAUGGACAUUGGGCGGACGAUGAUGCCCUCUGUACUGCCACGUAGACGACUCGAUGCUGGAACGUUCGGUACAAUGGGAGUGGGGCCAUGGCUACUCCUUAGCUGCUGCCCUAUAUUGUCGGUGAUCACUCGCCAAACAUGCAACCAAACACCAAAGUUCUUGUGGUUCAAGGAGAUAGUGCGUUCGGAUUCUCGGCAAUGGAACUCGAGACGAUUGCCAGGUACAAGCUGCCAGUUGUGUGUGUCGUGCUGA